AUGCAAGCUGAAUCCUCUGGUUUAUGUCAAAACAUCAAGCCUCACCGAUUCGUAGCUCUUCUCGGUCGAUAUUUCCAGAUUCGAGAUGACUAUCAAAAUCUCACUGCAGAUGAGUACAUCAAAACCAAAGGCUUCUGCGAAGAUCUCGACGAAGGCAAGAUCUCCCUGCCUUUGAUAUACACUCUUCAGAAAGCCGGUGCCCAUCAAGCCACACUCCGAGGCGUCUUCCACAAUGAAGCUCACGGGAAGAGCUUUCAAUCGAAAUGA